UCCCCACCUCUCUCAAAAGGUGGGACAGGGAGAGGGGCGGGUUCUGAACGUCCUAAACGGCGGAAAUGGCGACCAAUUGCGCAUUACCAUUGCAAACUGCCAACCAAUGGGUGGCGGCAGCGCCGAUUCUGUUCCACGAAUAGGGAGAGCGCAGAUGGGCGAGGGCGUGUGCUUCCUGGACACCACAGGUGUGGAAGCGAACGCCGCUCUUCGAGUCGGACGGGCUUCUGAAGCCAGCAGGAUGAAUGUGGGGGUGGCACACAGCGAAGUAAACCCCAACACUCGAGUGAUGAAUAGCCGGGGCAUCUGGCUGGCCUACAUCAUCUUGGUAGGACUGCUGCAUGUGGUUCUUCUCAGCAUCCCCUUCUUCAGCAUUCCUGUUGUCUGGACCCUGACCAACGUCAUACAUAACUUGGCUAUGUAUGUCUUCUUACAUAUGGUGAAAGGGACACCUUUUGAGACCCCUGACCAAGGAAAGGCUCGGCUACUGACCCACUGGGAACAGAUGGACUACGGGCUCCAAUUUACCUCUUCCCGCAAAUUCCUCAGCAUCUCUCCUAUCAUACUCUACCUCCUGGCCAGCUUCUACACCAAGUAUGAUGCUGCUCACUUCCUCAUCAACACAGCCUCGUUGCUCAGCGUACUGCUGCCUAAGUUACCCCAAUUCCAUGGGGUUCGACUCUUUGGCAUCAACAAAUACUGAGGGAUGGGGCUGGGGAUAACACUGGACCAAAGGGCUGCAACAUCCUUUCCUCCUCUGUAUUGUCUUCUGUAUCUUGAAACCCUGAGAACUACAUAACCUUUCCCAAACUCCCAGGAAGAAAACAGACUGGAAAAUGGGGCUCCCUGGCCUCAGGGAGCUAAAAACAAAUUUUCUUUUAAUCAGGAAAGGUGGCAAAGAUAAGGGCCAAAUCAGUCUCCCUCACAGCAGGAAGCCAUGUUUGAGCAGUUUGUUUGGUGAUUAAGUUUUCCCAGAUCUUCUACCUGCACCACCUACCAGCUCUGUUUUGCUGUGUUUUUUCCCUAUAAUAAAGUUUUGGUUUUUUUUUUUU